ACACAGCAUAGGAUGGGAUGGGAAAGUGGGGGGAGCCGGGGCGGGGCCAGGGACGGCCCCUGCCGAUCAGCUGUUCGCUGGAUUCUAUAACAACAAAAGACUCAGCCGGGAGCCGAGACGGGCCGACGCAACAGGGAGCCUCGAAGGAACUGAGGGGACCGCCGCCCUGCCACCUACCUCAGUAGCCGCCGUCCAGCUUCGUUCUGCCCCGACGUUCCCAGGACGGUUUUUGUAGCAACUGUUUACAAAUCAUGCCUCUCUGCAUCCAGUGCCUCAGCUGAUAAAGUUUUUAUGCACUUUAAUCUUCUACCUGCACCCUUAAACUUUGGUACGCUGUGGAGCGGUACCUCAUCUUGUGGGCGCAAACAAGUGAUAGCCAGAGUCUUGUUUCAUCUUAGUAAUGUUCCAGAGGCUGAAUAAUAUGUUUGUGGGAGAACUCAGUAAUUUGCCCAGCGAAGAACCAGAGUUCAGUGAGAAAGAAGAAGAAGAAGAGUGGAUUCUGGUAGACUUUAUCGAUUCCUGUUCAAACUUCUCUACGGUUGAUGAAGACGAGGAGGAGGAAGAGGAUGACAUCUGCAAACCAUCUCCUGAUGACCACUCGCCCAUCUUUUCUUGUCUGCCUGAUUCCUUGGACUGCUUGGCAGAUGCCAGUGAAUCCUGCUUCAUCCAGUUAGACUCGUGCCCCAUGGAAGAAAGCUGGUUCAUCACUCCCCCUCCAUGUUUUACAGCAGGUGGUUUAACCACUCUCAAAGUAGAAACCAGCCCACUGGAAAAUCUGCUCAUUGAACAUCCCAGCAUGUCUGUAUAUGCAAUCCAUAAUACCUGUCACAACCUCAACAAGAACAAUCGUGAUGAAAAAGAAGAACAGGAGGAGGAACAGGAGGAGGAGGAAGUGGAGUCCCACGAUGAAAGCAAUCAUAGAUCUGAAGCCCAAAGCAAAAUGGGCCAACACGUCCAAUGCUACAUUGCUGCACUUGCUGCUCACUCAACUUUUCUUGAACAAAGUACCAAGAGUUUUCGUCCUUCCCAGAGGAUAAAAGAGUUCAGCGAAAGACAAUCCCUGAACAGAAACUGUCUCCGUCGCCAAAAUCUCACCAGGGAUCCCUACACAAGGCAACUCAAGAACAGUGGAUUUUUUGUUCACCAGCCUUGCCAGCGUCAGUAUAAUUACUGAUAGUGUUUUGCAUUUUCUCCCCAGAAAUAAUAUUUGUUAACUAUUGUGAGACAAUGAAGGUGAGAACUGUCUUAGGAUGCUCGUGAGUUGUUUUUACACAAUCACUUGAGUGUUACAAUUCAGUUGAAAACCACUUUGAUUUCAGUGUCACAAAAUGCCUUUUCAAUGUUUUGUUUGUAGCAGGUAAACAUAUACAGUAUGUGUAGUAAUGUUUGUGUGAUUGUGCCUCUCUGCCUCCUUGUGUCAGACUUUACAAAUUUUAUUAGGUAUGGAUGUUUUUGUUUGUUUUUUAUAUUAGUAUUUACAGCCAAGUUAUAAGGCCUCUUUCAGCCAUCUUGUAGUUACAGAAUUUCUCAGGGUCACCCAUACACUUGCAAUGAUCUAUGUAUACUAAAGAUUGUCUUUUAAAAUAUUAACAUAACCAUCAAAAUACAGGUGGCCUGAGUGGCAUUAUAUUCCUAAUAAGGAAUUUAUUUUCUAUGUAGCAGUAGAAGGUGAAGAGGGAAAAAUGUGUAACCUAAUAUCUUUCUACAUAGCUUUCAAAAUCUCUGGUUUAGUAUGGUUUACCAGUUUCCUGUGCAACGGAGGUAUUUUGUAAGGGACGCAGUGGCUUAGUGGCUAAGAUGCUGAGCUUGUCAAUUGAAUGGUCGGCAGUUCAGCGGUUCGAAUCCCUAAUGCUGCGUAACGGGGUGAGCUCCUGUUACUUGUCCCAGCUUCUGCCAACCUAGCAGUUCGAAAGCACGUAAAAAAUGCAAGUAGAAAAAUAGGGACCACCUUUGGUGGGAAGGUAACAGCGUUCCGUGCACCUUUGGCAUUUAGUCAUGCCGGCCACAUGACCAUGGAGACGUCUUCGGACAGCGCUGGAUCUUGGCUUUGAAAUGGAGAUGAGCACUGCCCCCCUAGAGUCGGGAACGACUAGCACAUAUGUGUGAGGGGAACCUUUACCUUUUAAUAGAUCUACAAAUGAAGACCAGCGCGAACCAGGUUUUGAAUAUGUGUUCCAGUUAUCCUAUGCUUGUAUAAUUAGAUGAUGGGAAUUGUGGUCCAAUAUACUGUACAUAGUAUCCAGUUUGGGAAAGACUACUUUGAAGAACAGGAGUAAACUUUUCAUAAAAAGCAGUGAUAAGCCAUGUGGGGGAAAAUCCAAAAUCUAUUACUUGAUAAUAGUUAAAGACCAUUGAAAUUUAACCCAAUGUUUUCUAGAACUCUCAAUCAGGCAAGAAGCAAAAAAAAAAAAAAAAGGAAAAGGGAGGAAGUAAGAAAGUUCUAAAAUUAGGCCAGAUGUCUCACGUUUCAGACUUGCAGUUUGAAGUCCGUCCCAAGAUGGCUAUAUAUUGAGUAUAGAUUCACUAUUGAGUUUUAUUGGUUUCAGGUUACACCUGAUCUCCAUAGACAAAGGAAAUGGUAUGAAAAUACAAAGAUUAUCCCUGUGGCAAAGAGCAGAUAAAAUGAAACAUUCCUUCUUAUUGUCAACAAAGCUAGAGAGUAAUUUUUCUUGGUGGGUUGGUCUAAAGUCAAUUACACAAAACAAUGUAAUAUUACUUAGUGACUAUUUUACAACAGAACAUUUAAUUAAAGGUUCUGGAAACUUGUUGAGGUUAAUAGCGCUGAAAUGCAUAACUCUCUGCCCUGGUUUGUUUGAAUGAUUGCCUGCUGUGGGUGUUGCAUUUUUCAAAAGCUGUACCUCCAAUUUUGAACUGAUUUAUAAGCAUGAUCUGCCACAUUUCAGUCCAGUAGAUUCAAUCUACACCAGAUUGAUGAAAGUUAUAUUUGUUUUUUUAAGGAACUGUAAUUCAUAGCUGCCUUCUCUAAACACACUACUAUAGUCUAUAAAAGAUAUGGAUAAUUGCUGACAUAGAAAUCUGAAAUUCCUCUGGCUGUUUCCUAGGCAACCCAAAUUUGUCACUGUAAUUGUGUGUUCCUCACUUAAGCUUAACUAACUUUUCCUUGAUAUUCUAAAAAGAUUCAUGCUUUUAUACAGACACUAAUUGUUAAAUAUCCCAAAAGAAGAGUCCAAAGAAUUUACAAGCAAUUUAAAACCACAGAUGGCAAAAUUCAGUAGCUUUUUGUUUGUUUUCUGGCUGUCCCCACAUUUUUUUUGGAUAUAUAUUUGAAUUUGCCAUUUGGCUUCCAGGAUUCAGGAGAUGUUCCUCUAUUAAAUUUCUGUGAUUCGAAUCUUGAAUACUGUUGUUCAAGUUUCUAAAAACUGCUAAAGCAUUCCUUGUUUUAGUAGUCACUCAGGACCUUUAAUCUGUCAGAUUCACAGCACCAUCACUGUAUUCCCCCUGCCCCCCUAAAACUCAGGAACCCCUUUCAAGUUUGGCUUGGAUUUUAAAUUGAUUAAGUGAAAUAACGUACUGUACCAGCAAAUGACUCUUAGCCAACUUCAUCUUUUUUCCCCACACAAACUAUUGGAUUCUCAUUGUCUACUUUUAGGAAUUUUAAAAUAAAGGCCACAUUUAUUUCUGUAUUCCUGAUUUAGCGAGGAUUUGAAGUUAGGACUUCUAAUUGAGAGGUACAGUUGCUGUCUUUACUGGAUAAUUUGCUAGUGAUGGGGAAAAAGAAAUAUGUGCUUGUCAGUUUUUAACAUUGGAAAUAAUGCUAUGGUGAAAGGAAUUUUUACACACAACUUUAAGCCUGACUCUUUUCCUUGUAUAUUUAUAUAGCUUGUUUUAUUACGUGCCUGGAACUAUUAGAGUAUUAGAAUUUGUUGCUUUUCAAACAAUGUGUGUUUUGUGGCUAGAAUAUGACUUUUUAUAUAUCUGUAUAUUUUUUUCCACAAACAACAAAUGUAAUAACUUGUAAAAAUGAAGGCCUUGUGUUAUGUUGAAUGGUAUUUCAAUAACUUUGCUGGAACUGUUUUUUAUACAUAUUAUAAACAAAACUGUGCCUUUUUCAAUGACUUGUACACACCAAACUUGAAUUUGAAGAUACAAAAAAACCCCAUUCUGUUUGGAUAAAUACUGUAUAUCAGCCUAUGCAUUCUCAAUGGCAGCUUGUUUGUGGAGCCAUUUUCCUUGUGCCUGUGGCAGAACUGUUGGUAAGCAAGGUUUGGCCAUCCUGUUGAUACCAUAUACAGGUUACAGUACUUAACAUCUCAAAAUGACCAGAGCUUAAAUGGUUUCUAUACCAAGUUCUUGUUCUGGAAUGAAAAGGAAAUAUGCAAUACAGUAUGUUAUGAAAAUUGCAAUAUGUUAUGAAAUCCUGUUGUCUAAUGUCAGUUGGCUUUGAUAUAGUACCAUUUCCUUCAUUGAUUUGCCUACAGCAGGGAGCAAUGGGACAUCUUCAGAAGCAACAAGUUAGAUUUCAGAUUCAUAGCUGUCUUUGGCCCUUGAUCAUGUUGGCUGGAGCUGAGGACUGUUGAAGUCUGAGUUGACCCAUAAGGAGGCCAUAACGUUGCUUAUCUUUCUGCUCAAUCAUAAUCUGCAGUUCUGAUCUUCACCAAUGACAUGUUGCUUGAUAAAAACCAUUUGACUGCUGUGGGUGAGCAAGGAAGCAUAUUUUUCUCAUACAAUUCUGACGCUUAAAACUUUUUUGAUUUUCCAUUCAUUUAAAACUUAACCAUUUUUCUUCUCAUUAUUCAUUUACCAACCAUACUGUAUUGCCUUUAUACUGGUAUUGGUGAAAGAGCGCAAAAUGCUGUAAAAUAGGCCCUUCUAAAAAAAGGACAUCAGACCUGUCACUCUUCAGAUGGAUUAAAAGGGGUGGUGGUGGCUGGGUUAACAAGCCAUUAAAAAGUUGUUCAAACUCAACCAGUUGCUCAAGUUUGAUAGAUUUCUAGCCUGUUUAGUUUUCAGUUUCACUGGAUAGUUUAUUUCUUCCCAUACUUGUAUCUCCACUUGAGCAAUUAACCGUGGUCCAGAAUAGGAAUCUAACUAAAAAUGAAUGACAAAUGAAAAUUAAUUGGGUUUAAUUUGAUUAUUUUUCCAUUCAUUUUGAAAAUGCAUGGGACUCAUUUCUCAUUUUUACAAUGAUCUAUUCCUAUGAAGAAGAAAUGUUUUUGCCAAGUGAUUCCAUAUUUCAAUGUGUAUGCGCUAAAAGAUAACAUUCCUAUAUUUAGAAAACUAGAGUGGUUAGUAGAAAUUUUCCACGCUGUCCCAAUUUAUUAGGCUCAGGACACAUAGUACGGUAUAUAGACUUACCCAAAAGCAGCUACUUUAUGAUUAUGUCUACACACAGUACUGUGCUGGCCAGGAGUAAGCAGUCUCUGGCCAUAUGUCUACCAUGCCUCAUUUGGGGUCUGUUUUAUGCCUAGCUGCUGAAUUUUGGUGGCUAGGUUUUUUGCUAAACAAUACAAUGGCAUUGAAGCAUUUAUCUCACAGUGGCUGUACACUUGCUUAAACGCAUCCAAACCACUUAAUCCACCAACAAAUGGUCCAGGAACUUUUGGCCAUGUCCUAUCAUGUGAUGUUACAUUAACGGAACCUCCCCUGUAUUUGCUGGCCUGUCAGGAAGAUGUCUUGGAUUGCUGCCUAAAGAAAAGUUGGAUACCAGUGUGUUUGUCAAUACUACAGUUUGGUUUGGCAUAUCCGAUAAACUAAAUCCAUUGGGCAGUUUAACAUGUACGAAUCACUCAGUCUUACCUGGAGAAAUUGGUAUCUUUUGAGCUGUCUUUAUAGGCUGUUUUUUUAUUGAUAUAUUAACGGUAAUAUAUUGGCCUGACUGAAUUUGGACACAUUAUCAAUGUGAAUUGUUGCUUUCUAUUACACUCAAAGAAUAGCUAGACCAGGAAUUUUGUAAUGAAAGCCUUGUUUCAGAUCAGUUACUCUCCCAUCUAUUCCUUGUGUGUGUUAUAUUUUGGGCAACAGCAUCAUUUGGUCACAAUGAUGGUCACAAUGCUGGUCUACAUUGUGGCCUAAAGGAAUCCAAACCAUGGAUUCCAUGGUUCUAGGGCAAUUUCUUCUGUGAAUUCAUCACAUUACCACUCUUUCAGUUGUGAUAGAGGCACAGAUAUUUUCACAUUCGCACUGCGUUGUAGGCUAGCAAUCUAACAGGUCAAAUAAAAGGGUUUUAAGGGUCUCCAGGAAAAAAAAGGGAAAUGAAUCAUAGUAAUCCAUCUAUAUACCUUAAGUAUUUUGUUUCAUAAUGUGCUCUGGAGAAACAGUCAAUAAAAAGGCCAAUUGAUAAAAGA